GAGCAUACACUCAACCAACACUUGUUGACAAAAUAUCUAAUUUCUCUCUAUUCAUUUUUCCCUAACUCAUAAUCGUUUUUUUCUUUUGCCAUCACAUCUCUGCAUCCAUGGAUUCCAUUAUUUUCGCAGAAUUUCGAUCUGUUUUUUCCCUUCCUGGAGCAAAUCCGACUGUUCGCGCCGGCACUUUACCCUGCGUCAUUACGUGCCACACUCGCCCUCCCCUCCCCAAUUCGGCGGUUACCGGCUGCCUCACUUCCGUCAGAAAAUCUCGACGGCCGGUUCUUCUUCCUCGCGCAACCGCCGGCAGCACCAAUUCAGCUCCCGCAAGAGAGGGUACCUACAAUGUAGGCGAGUUUAUGACUAGAAAGGAGCAAUUGCAUGUUGUGAGGGCCACGACUACUGUCGAUGAAGCUCUGGACACACUUGUGGAGAAAAGAGUUACUGGAUUUCCUGUUGUUGAUGAUGAUUGGAAGUUGGUAGGUGUGGUUUCUGACUAUGAUUUGUUGGCACUUGACUCCAUCUCAGGUGGUCCUGAACAAGAUACAAAUUUGUUUCCAGUUGCCGAUAGCACUUGGAAAACAUUUAAUGAAGUUCAGAAGUUACUCGGCAAAACUAAAGGGAAGGUUGUUGGUGACGUAAUGACGCCAACUCCCCUAGUUGUGCGCGAAAACACCAAUCUUGAGGAUGCCGCUAGGUUAUUGCUCAAAACAAAGUAUCGUCGGCUACCUGUUGUAGAUGUUGAAGGAAAGUUGAUUGGUAUCAUUACUAGGGGAGAUGUUGUUAGGGCGGCUCUUCAGAUAAAGCAGGCUGCUGAGAAAAUCUGAUCACUCUUCGCCACGGUUGCUAUAUGCACAAGUGAAAUUAACACGUGCUUGAUUCUCUGCCAUAUUAUUGGUUGAACUAUAGUGUAUACAUUUUGGGAUGCAGUGGCUGAUUGCUCGAUAAAAGGACAGCUAUGGCGGUGAAUAUCAAGAAUUGUAUAUCAGUCACGCCCCAAAACCGAGCACUCCAUUCUUGUUUAGCUUAUGUGUGUAGAUUGUGUAUUCUUAUAUGCUUGUGGUGGUUGUGAGAAUCCAGAAUUGUAGUGAGAUUUAAGAGCAAUAGAUAGACUUUAUAUAUUUUGAUGGGCUUCUUGACGCCCUUAUAGUGUUGUAAUAGACAAUUACAAGGCUAAUUAUAUGGAAAAGCAUUUUAUUCAAA